AUGGCGGGCAGCAUGGCCAUCCCCGCGACCUGCGCGUCUUGCAGUGCGCACGCGCCGCGCCGUGCCGCGCGACACCCGCCUCGGCACGCAAAACACGCGCGACAGCGACACGUCCUGCUGCCGGCUUUGCCCGCACUGCUGCUGUGCGUCGCGGCCCUGCACUCCCCGCACCACCGCGUCGACGCCAAGCUGAUCACCGGGCUGGCGCCGUGCCCCAACGGGGCGCCCCCCGCCAGGGAGUGCCUCGUGAGCGUGCUGGUGGACCUGCGGGCCCUGCGCGCCAGAGCUCGCGAGCGGUCCAACGCCACGGCGGCCUCCCUGACGCCCUCCACCAAGGACCCAGCGCUGGAGACGCCGCAGCAGGAGCUGCCACCCCAGCCCAUCGACGACCUGGACCGCCGCAGGGAGCAGCAGGAGCAGCAGCAGCAACGCAGGCAGCAGCAGCUGGAGCAGGCCGUGCGCUUCCAGGAGGACGAGCUGCAGCAGCUUCGAGAACAGGUGCAGGAGCUGCGGUUGCAGCUGGCCCGGGCGCUGCAGCUGUACCAGCUGCCGGCGCCGCAGGGGGUCAAGUCGCCGGCACUGCAGCUGCGCGGUGGCGGUGGCGGCGGCUACUACCCGCCCCCCGGCCCCGCACAGGCCCGCCGCGCCGCCCCCGACCUCCGCGCCGGCUACACUGGAUACGGCCCGGCGCACGACCAAGCCGGCCGCCGGUUCUACCGCACGUUGCCGACCCCCGCCGCCGCCAGGAACGUGCAGGGCGUCCAGGGUCCGCUCCCCGAGCCCGUCUUCGGCCAGCGCCUCAGCAGCCUCAGCCUCGUGGGCCUCCGCGAGCUGGCCCGCGGCGAGGCGGUCGUGGCGACGUGAGGACGCCUCCUCUUCUGUCUGGCGGAGGACAAGACCACUGUGAUGACGAUGACGGCCACCCUCGGCGCGGCCCGUGCCCCUUGCAGACCCCGCAGACUGAUUCCGAGAGUCGUUUUCGUCGCUCUGUCUCUCUCGCACUCAUGGGGCGUCCCGUAUGGGUGCGAGAGGGACAGAGCGACGGGAACAACUCUCGGAAUCAGUCUGCAGGGCGCACGGUGGCUCAGACGGGUUGCCUCACUCGCAGCACUUCGCGGACGACCAGUGCGGUCGCCUUGACCCGCGGGUCCUAAGUGCGACGGUUGCUUGUCCGCCAUGUGCUGGGUGCUGCCGAGCGAUGCGGGAGAUUGUCGCUCUGUCCCUCUCGCUCCCUCACGGAGAGCCCCAUGAGCGCGACAGAGACAGCGUGGCGACACGACUCUUCUGAAUCGCUCGACUGGCCCGGGAGCCGUGCCACGCCGCAAGAAGCGGAAAAGGACGGCUGUCUGGAAUUUGGAUCGCGUGAGGUUAUUGCGUUGCGGGGCAAGGCGGGGUUAGGUUGCUUUCAUGACUAUCUGUGACUCGUCUAGUACUGACUUAAUAAAGUUUGUUUCUUACCAAC